AUGGUCACUAGGGAGCUAUAUGAAUAUGAAACACUGUCUGACAAUGAAAUUCGCUUACUGAGGAUUCACCAGGGGUUAGAGGAAGAUGAUCUCUCUUGCUCAUUAGAAAAACGCAGUCUAGAGACGGCUAAUCAACAAUAUACAGCCAUAUCCUAUCCCUGGGGACCUUCAGUAGAUCCGCAUUUUACAUGCUAUGUCGGUCGCUUUGCAUUCCCUAUUCGUCAGAAUGCAGAAAAUGUGCUCAGAACAUUACGAAAAGCCAAUAGCGAUGUGCAUGUCUGGCUGGAUUCCAUAUGCAUUAACCAAAACGAUAUUACCGAGAAAAGCUCCCAAAUUAGUCUGAUGCAUCAAAUAUAUAAACAAGCGAAAAACACAGCCAUCUGGCUCAGCGAGGCCGAUGAUCUCACCGAGCAUGUGAUCAACUACGCCAAUACUCUCGAUGUGAAAAAGAUUAUGGAGGAAUACAGAUCUUACAAAAGAGGCAACGUGGAGACCAAGUCAUUUAUUCUGGACGAGUUGGCCUUCCAUCAGGACAAGGCAACUUUGGUGAACGGUAUUGCACGGCUAUUCCAAGCGGAGUGGUUUUCGCGGGUCUGGAUCCGUCAAGAAGCAGCCGUAGGACGAGAUCCUUACGCACUAAGGGGACCCCAUAGCAUAACCUGGGCUCAGUUGACCACUCUAGCAUCUCUUUUCCGGCCAAAUUUAACAAUAGUAUGGCCAGAGUGGACGGACUUUAGUUUUGGUGACAUUCAGCCGACACUGGACACUAUCGAUGCGAUCGAGAAUUAUCGCGUUGGAGAAAGUACCGAAGCCAAUAGUAUAGCUGGCAAUCCGUUGUUCUACCACGUUGUUCAAGCCAGAUCAAGUCAUGCCACAAAGCCUCAUGACAAGGUCUACGCCAUGAGUUCCAUGGCUUCCGAUAUGUACAGAGACACAAACGAGGUGUUUUUGAAACCCAACUAUGAUCUCUCGUGGCAAGAAGUCUACGCCAACGCAGCCAAGUUUUUCUUCAAGCAGGAUUUCGUCGCACAUCAGGUGCUUGAACAAGCUGGUUUGAUUAAUCAAGGUGUGAACUCAGACCUUCCCAGCUGGGUACCGGACUGGCGAUAUCCUGCUGCGAUUCAAUUUGCCCCUUUGAAAGAUUGGGCGGCUGGCGGCAACAUGAAUAAUGUCAGGACCAGAGUGACCGGCUUGACGAAGAAAGAGCGGCAACUCCUGCUCACCUAUCAGGGAGCCGCGAGCAUUCGGCCGCUUUGUGCACCGCUCAGAGAACAGCGCAGGCAGCUAGAGAAGGAUAGAUCUCGGCUAGAAAAAAGCAAGUCACGGCUCCAGGAGGGCGACAUACAAGAGGUGGAGAGGUUGCGCAUACAACAGGAGUGGCUGGCAGUGCAAGAAUCGGCAACGAGGGCGGUCUUGGUUCUUGAGAUCUUGACAUUAAUGCAAGACAAGAUAACCUAUCUAUCUCCAAGAUCUUCAUGGGUUAGCGAUGAUCAUUUCCAAGCGCACAGGAAGGAAAUCAUUGACAUCGACGAUCAAAACUUAAGGUUCCUCGAGUCUCUUAAGACAGGCUUGUAUAUCACCUCGGAUACUCUCCGACAAGCUUACAACGCCACGCUCAUUGCUUCCCAAGAUUCUGAAAGCAACCUCGCCCCCGAUGACUUGAUCGCUUCAGCCGAGGAGUGGCGGAAGUGGCUCGCCGACUGCAAUACGACCUCAAGUCCAGCGUACCAUCGCGCGAUUGAGACCUCAUUCGCCUUCCGCGACUACUCGUUCGCCUGGACUGGGAACGGUUACAUGGCGCUCGUGCCCUCGAUCGCACAACGUGGCGACGAGGUCAUCGUGUUCUCUGGCUGUCGAAUCCCAUUCGUCAUCAGGCCCGUGCACAAAUGGUACAUGCUCGUGGGGUUGUGCUAUGUCCACGGCAUGAUGAGAAGUGCUGCCAGCAUCCUGAUCGAAGAGUUCAACAUCAGAUAUGAGGAUGGGAAGAUUGUGACGAAGAGGCCGCAAGGUGAUGUCAGGGCCAAUGGCCGGAAGUUAAAUGCUGGACAGUACAUAGAUGUUUUACACACCCUUGGGGGCAGAUGGAUAAAGUUAGUAUAA